CUCACCGUCAUGUCUGCCAGCAUACAUUAGCAAUGGACACUAUGAGAAACAUACUCUUUACAGGCAACGACGAUGAAGAGCACCUCAGAAUAUUCGCCGCUCGCCGUCAGCGACGAGACUGAAGAGUCGGUGUUCAGCGUAUCGUUGGACGAUGACCAAUGCAACGCUCAAUCUUCCAUUGAAGGCGCUACUUUGGGACGACUACUUGGCCUCACAGUCGUGCUAUCGCUAGUCUGCUCUAUAGUCUCAUUAGUCUUUCUGUGCUUGAAUGCCCGUACACAAUGGGACUUGCACCAUCUCCUCGGUGGAAUUGUCAUGCAUUCUGGCACGCCCAAUGAGAGACCCGACCCUGGACUUCUGGAGAGACCAAGCGUAUAUAAUGGUCUCGACAAGCUCCCGCCAGACCUACAGCAUUCAGCGCUUCGGGGCACUCUGGAUGUCUUUCCACCCUUCUUUCAGCCAGUGGACCACGUCCACCGACACUACGUCUUCCCGUCAGAUGGCCAUGCUCGUUUCACAUUCAAUGGACGUGUUUCACCGGGAGACCAUCGUAUCCUCCUGACGGAUCAUAUUACAAUGGUCGCUCAGUUCCGAGUCCGCGACUAUGGUAUGGAACGUUGCCGCAUCGUCUCAUAAUACCAAGCUGGGAGCUCUUGCAAUCUCAUAACCAGACGCUACAUCUCGCGGGUGACACAUCACGCAUUGAGGUCUGGAAUCUGACGUCGAUUGGAAAGGAUCUAGAUGAACGUACCCUUUCCUGGGAGACAAAGCCACCUCGAAAGGAGCUUAUUACAACUCUUUCCAUCUACGAGAACUCAACUCAUCGGUCUGACGAGUUCUGGUGUGGCGCAUCGGGACGUCUACAGACACUUGAACUCCUCUGUUCUGGUGUAGGCUGUUACAUAGAACUCUGGCAGGAUUAUUAUUUUCAACCACGAUUUGGUUUCUUUGUUCAGCAAUUUCCGUCUAUAUGAUCUUCGUUGCAUCGACGUCUUGGAAUACCAGUUGAUCCGCAUAAGAUAUUAGCGCAUGUCGACUGUCUGUCAAUCCUGCCAGUUCUAUCACGCCGCAGAAUGUUAUCUACCUCAUGUCUGUCUCCGCUGUCAAGUUGCGAUCGUGCUAUUCUUCACCGUCUUUAUUCCGACCGCCUGGCAUAAUUAUCGUUGAUCGUGUCGUAUACCACCUACCAAUCGUGGCAUGUUUGCGUAACGCCCACUCCCGUCAAAUCGUUGCCUCCCCCGUGUAUACCAGCUUCAAAAUGUCGUAUCGGCGUCGCAUAGGAUCACCUGGCGAAUAAAUUUCAUGCAAUGCUGCAGAUUGUGGUUCGUCCGGAUCAUCCAUUGCACGUCGCAUCUUCACGAUGCAAUGCGGUCUGUGGAACAUCGACACGCGGGAAAUGCGAAUCCGAGGCAGACGAAUCCGAAGCCAUUUGGAUAGACCCGAUUCCACACGUCUUGGGCAUCAGAACCAUGUAUAGGAAAUCUGGCAGUGUUGGUGGCAAAGACAUAGUCUAUGGUCUGUCCGAGGCGCACUGAAGUCGCCGACUCUCCUUAGUAUGAUAAUAAGGUUGGACAAGGAGAGAACGAGCAGUGCGGCGACGGUUGGAAUUAGAGCGCAGUUCAUCGGCCGUAACGAACAGUAUUUGCAGAUUUCGAAUCUCGGUGUAAGCCAGAUUUGUGGUAGUAGUUAUUAUAUUACUUAAAUCAGCAUUACAGCCCACGUAUCUUUCCC